AUGCGUUCUCUGGUACCCAUCUGCUGUCUGCUGCUCCUUGGGGCGCUCUUGACUGACCUGGCCAUGGCAGGAUCCAGCUUCUUGAGCCCUGAGCACCAGAAAGGGCCGAAAAAGGACCCCAGGAAGCCACCAGCCAAGUUGCAACCUCGUGCCCUGGGAGGACACUCUGGCCCUGGGAGCAGCCAGGAGGAGCCUGGAGAUGAGCUGCAGAUCCGGUUCAAUGCCCCUUUCGAUGUUGGGCUCAAGCUCUCGGGGGCUCAGUACCAUCAGCAAGGCCAAGCCCUGGGCCAGUUCCUCCAAGACAUUCUCUGGGAAGCCAACGACGUCCCUGCUGACAAGUGA